UCCGCUCCGCGCCCGCCAUGGCCGCCCGCAGCCCCCGGGCCCUGCUCGCCCUCGGCCUGGCCCUGGCGGCCGCCGCCGGUGCCACGGACCCGUUCUCGCCCCAGCUGGGAGACACCUCCGGGUGCCGCGGGCAGUGCGGCCGCAGCCUCCAGCGCAGGGCCGAUGCCGAUGCUGUUCUCAACGCCUGUUACCGGGGCUGCCGGCUGUUCUCCAUCUGUCACUUCGUGGAUGCGAGUGCAGAGCUGAACACAACCAGAGCCGAGUGUGAGGCAGCCUGCACUGAGGCCUACAGCAGCGCAGAGGAGCAGUUUGGCUGCGUGACCGGGUGCCGCAAGCAGCUGCCCGAGGUGGAGAACAGGAAGGAGAAGAGCCUGGAGCUGAAGGUGCCAUCGUUCUCCAUGUUCGAUCUGGUCUCCACCUUCUGCAACGACAUCGUCAGCUCUGCCCAGAGCUUCAUCUCCUCCACUUGGACCUUCUACCUGCAGGCAGACGAUGGCAAAGUUGUGGUGUUCCAGUCCCAGCCUGAGAUGGAGUAUCCAGUCCUUGCGGUGCCGGAGACCCAGCCAGCGCAGCCAGGACCAGGACCCGGUCCCCAUGUCCCCCAGCACCACACAGGCCCCCGGGGGAAGGGGGAGAAGCCCCCGGUGAAGGAGCCAAGGGGCAAAGCCAAGGGGCAGCACCCGGAGCCGCCGGCACCGGAGCAUGACUUCCUGGGCUGCAUGUCCAAGCGCUCGGGCCUUCCUCGCUGGAUCCUGGCCGCCUGCCUCUUCCUCUCCAUCAUGGUGAUGCUGUGGUUGAGCUGUGCCAGUCUGGUGACUGCCCCCGAGCAGCACGUCAAGACGCAGCCUCUGAGCAUCAAUGGGGACAAGGAGUACCUGGAGGACCUGGAUGGCCCCAGCGCCUUCCCCCUGCCGCCUGUCAUUGCCGUCACCCUCUGCCCCGAACACGGUGGGGAGGAUGCGGGGCCACUGCCCCUCAAAGUCGACCUGGACAAGACCAUCCUGUAGUGCUCCCCUUCCCAUCCCCUCUGUCACCAUCCCCAUGGCAUCAUCCCAGGUCCUGCUCCACUGCCCCAUGUCCCAGCUCCUGGAGGAGCAUCUCUGGCUCUGGCACAGGGAGAACCUGGCUCGGUCCCACUCUCAUCCCCAGGGAUGGCCACUGGGAGCCAGGCGGUGGCUUUGCCUGCUCCAUAGAUGUGCUGUUGGCUGGAAUCAUCCUGGUUUCCAGCACUCGGGAGCCAGGAGCGGAGCUGCCGGAGCAGGGGAACCCAUUCCCAUAGCGGGGAGGUCUGAGCCCUCCCGACCGGAGCCCCCCGGGCCCCGCAUCCCUCCGGGCACGGGUCCAGCGCUGGGUAGGAUGGAGCCGGCUGCGGUGGGGGAUGGAGAGUGUCUGCAUCGCUCUGGGCUUUGGCUCCCCACAUAUCCCCAGCCUCCCACCUCCGGCUCCGAGCCCUGGGAGCUCCGGAGCCGAUUGCCUCGGGAGCCGGAACGUGGCGAAUGGAUUUGGUGUUGGCAGCCGGCGAGAGGAGCGGAUCCUGCUGCAUCCGUGCCCAUGCGAGGACCCAGCCGGCCCCUUCCAGGGCUGUGGAGGGGCCCUGCCAUGGCUCCUUCCCCCUCCCUGCUCCAUGAUGUCUUUGGGCCCAUGGGUUGAUGGUGGGACCAGGCAGUGUUCCCCUUGGUGGGAGCUGCUGGGAUGCCUCUGCCUGGGCUCCCCAAUCCUGCUUGGUGCGGAGCUGUAGCUGAUGGCAGGACCCAGCAGCAGCCAGUGACCAGGACCCUGGGCUCACAGCCCUGGAGGCAAGGGCCCAUCCCUAGGGUCUCCCAGCCAGUGUGAGCCAGGGCAUCUCCCCAUCUCCCCACCAUUCUCCAUCACUUGACUUUGUGCAUCAUUUCAUGGCUUGAUCUGCACUGGCAUGUGGUUCACUGCCCCUGGCGCCCUGUGCCCGGUGGUCCCUGACAUCCCCACAUCACCUAACACAUCUGUACAGAUUAACUUAUUGUGACCCCCUCCCUGGGUUUUUAGGCUCUUUCCAUGUGCUGGCUGCUCCCCGUGCUCUCGGGGGUGCUGUGGUGUGGUGGGGCAGGGGGUUCUUAUCCCCAUCCCACCACUGUUGUGCUGCUCCGUGUCACUUCUACCCGUGCGACAUA